AUGGCCGCCCGCUUGGAUCUGCCUAGAUUGUUUGAAAUGGAAAAGGAAUUGAUUGUGUGUGUGUGUGUUAGGUGUGAAGGAGAAUCGAGCCCAGGAGGUACCAAAGCCAUAGUGGAGGGGAUAAUCGAAGAAGAGGAGGAGGAAGACGAUAACGAGGACGGAGGGUCUGUGAACAAAAGGAAGAAAGACGAUGACGCGGAGACCAAGAAAGAGCCAACGUACACGUGGCGAAUUGAGCUUGCCCGGACGGAAAAGUACUGGGAUGGCUGGUUCCGAGGGCUCUCCAACCUCUUCCUUAACUGCCCAGUUCCCAAACUGCUGCUCUUGGCUGGUGUUGAUCGGCUGGAUAAAGAUUUAACGAUUGGCCAAAUGCAGGGCAAAUUCCAGAUGCAAGUCCUUCCUCAGUGUGGCCACGCCGUUCACGAGGACGCCCCCGACAAAGUAGCUGAGGCAGUCGCCACCUUCCUGAUCCGUCACCGGUUUACAGAACCCAUCGGUGGAUUCCAGUGCGUCUUUCCCGCUUGUUAAUGUCCCGGCGUCCUCCGGCACCGACUCCCGUUGUAAAUAAAAGCGCCCCAGGGGCCAAAGUGGCGUUCUUCUGUAUCCUUCUCAUUUUCCCCGGUUAGCGCCAGACCCCCCCUCGCUUCGAAUUUGGUCAACGGCUAGAUCUCUGUCCCCUCCCGCCGAAACGAUCCGGCUCACCUGUCACCCGGCAGGGCUCUUCCCUUCGCCUGAGGAAGCCGUCUUGCCGUUUGCGCUCGAUCUCUGCGAAUCCACGUGCGUCCGCCAGCGACUGGCCAAACAUUUCUCCGCGGGCUCGAACGUCGCACCCGAAUCUGAAAAUUCUAAGGCCCUCUUCCCCAGAAGAAUACAUUCGUUACUUCCC